AUGUCGAGCCAGCCGGUCGAUCCGGCAAAACCUCCUGACAAUAAAUGCAAAUUCUGUGCUAAAUUUAGUUCGCUAAGUGAAGUUAAGUGUACUAAUAGUGCAUGUGAUACUCUUCUACAUGGAAAAUGUUUCGAUUCAAUUGCCAAGAUUGUGCCAAUGAGAAAGGAAGAAUUCCGUUGUAAAUAUUGUUUGGGAGACGGCAAGGUGUCUAGUAGCAGUACCGAUGUGCUGCUCUUGCAUAAAGAAAUUGAUUGCCUUACACGAGAAAAGCAAUUGCUAGAAAAGUAUGUGAGUGAACUAGAAUUUUCUAAUACUAUUUUGAAAUCUAAAACGCCUGCUGUUUCCUCUACACUGAAUUCGGCUGUUGGUUUUUUUCCGAACUCGUCGUUGGUAAACACAUACUCGCAAGCAGCAAAAAAAGUCUCGCCAUCAGCUGUGCUGGUUAUUAAACCCACUGACAUAAACAUGGGGAACGCAAAAUUGGAGCAGGAGCUGAAGUCUAAAUUCAGGCCGAGUCAACUAAAUGCGAAUGUUACUGGUACCACUAGCAGAGCAACAAAGAAGUAUUCUGAAGUAACCGCAGUAAAUCCCAGAAACUCAGCCAAUAAAUCUACCAAAGCAACCGCUCCACAAGGAAGUAGGGUCCAGCAGAUGUUAAAUCCAAAUCCUAAACAACUCCAGGAAACAGUGACGCACAAUAGUUCACGGAAUCCACCCUCCAUAAAUGGUGAAACCAGCAGCAACUUACAAACUGUAGUUAAGAAGCAGCGUGAAGUGAUGGGAGCAGUAAUUAGUUUGACAGCUAACAUGAAAAUAGAAGAAAACCAUAAUAAAGAAGUUCACGAAAGUGAUUAUAUUGAGGUCAAGAGAAGAAGACGCCGGCAGCCAAGAAUUUGGGACCUCGGUUGGCCGCGUGGAGAUUUCUGCCAUCAGAACAACAUCAAACAUGUAUUGAAUGCUGUGGCGAUUCCCAGGGCAAACGGAAAAGUAGAGCGGUUAAAUCAAACGUUGUUAGACGCUUUUCUUACAACUACGUUGAAGGAAGACCUGAGGGACAGAGAACUUCCAAAUGUUCAGUUUACCAUGAACGACGUCCCAGAUAAGUCUACAGUAAAAACACCGAGUCAACUUUUAUUUGGUUUUGGACCCCGAGAGGGUGUGGAUAUGGCUCUAAAGGACGAAGAUAGUCAAGUCCCCACACUCCCACACUCCUCAAAGACCUUGUUGCCACAGGGGAGGGAGCUACCCGAUAAAUAG